UAUGUGAAAAUUCAUUUUUAUAGUCAUGGAACAGCUCUUUAAGUUUAUUAGAACAGACUAAAACAACCUUCUGUACGUUUAUCUGUGGGUCAGUGACAAAUAAAAAGAAAAGGAAAGAAAUUUAACAAACAAAUAAAUACUAUGAAUACUUUUUUUUUAUGUCAGCAAGUUUUAAGGUCUAUGCAGUUUAGAUAAGUAAAUAAAUAAAUAAAAAAAACGUAAUACAUAUACAUGCACAGUACAACCAUGGCAAUACAUUUGUUUUCCUCUUACAUAAAAACACACCAUUCACCGCUUGUUUUUAAUGAAAAUAAAAAAAAUCAUGAAUAUUAAAGGGCUAUCCAAAUAAUCCAAAUCACCUUUAACUGAAAAGAAAAGAAAAGAAAAGAAAAGAACGUAAGCGUCACGUCAUUGAUCCACAGACAUGCAAUAUGAAAAGCGGCCAGCAGGUGGCACUGAGUUUGCAUGCAGCCCAAAUAAAUGACUGGACAUUGUCUGCAGCAUACAAACGUUUCAGGUUUAUUCCUAAGAAACACCGGAAGGAUAGAAUUACUUCAGAUACUGUAUUUUAAGUCAAAAUCACAACCAGCCAUACUAUAUAUCAAUUUAUGGGUGUUCACUGACAAUUUAAAGUAUCUAGAAAAUAAUCUAGUAGGCUAAACACAAAGCAUUUAACGCUACAUUGCAUGCGAACUUUUUCAAAACUAGUCACCACCCCACCCUACUACAGAGACAAACCGGUCCAAGCAGAAAACUCUCCACAGACAUCACACUUAACAGGUGGAUGUGAAAGUUCACUGCUGUUGUCAGUCAUGUCUUCUAGAAGAAAACACGUCCAGUAAUUUAUCUGGGAAAAGUUGUUUUAAUUUUAGCUGCAGUGCAAUUUCAUCUGCAAUCACGAUGGAGCAAAAGAAGAAAGCCUGGCCCAAUUUCCGUGAGAGAGCCAAACCCAAGUUAAUUCUGAAGAUCGGAAAGAAGGGUCUGGGGAAGAAGAAAAAGACCCCUCUGAAAUACAGGAGGAGUAUGUCAGUACCAGACCUCAGGAUUAAUCCCAGUGCCAUGCUGGAUUCUCAGGAUGAUUCCAGGACACCAGGUCAAGACUCCGUCUUCUUUGGAAACAUGGAGGGUAUAUGUGACUUGGAUGAAACAGCAAGUGAAACCUCUAGUACUGCCUUAUCUGAGCAGUUAAGUGUCGCUGACAUGCCAUACUCCUGCAGCCCCGCGCCAUCAGUGAGAUCAGUUCCAGUUGACUUUCCAGUUUUAUUGGAAACUGAUAAGAGGCAAAGAGCCACGACGUGGUACAUAGAUGAUUUAGAUGCAGUGACUGGAUCUGUAUAUCCACCUACAGAAAGACAGAUGGCACCUGAAAGAAAAUUGCCAGGUCAGAGACCAAAAGACCCCACAGAUAGAGUGGCUGCAGCCCUUAGUAGAGCUGGUGCACAAGCUUCAGACGAAACCACCGCAGAGUCAGUCAGCAGUACUCCACCUGAGGAGAAGUGUCCUACCGAGCACCAGCCAUCCUCUCCAGUGGAAAUGUUCAUUGCAGGGAAAGCUGAGGACAUGGACAUUCCCAAUGAAACCAGUGACUUUGAUACCCUUGCAGAACAAGAACGAAACUUCCCAGCAGGAUUAAAUGACAGUCAGAGUGCUUCAGCACACCAGAAGGUCCAGUAUAUCCUCACCAUCAACCUGAAGGAAGGCAAAAACCUGGUUAUCAGAGACCGCUCAGGUACAAGUGACCCGUUCGUCAAAUUCAAAUUAGAUGGCAAAAACAUCUACAAAAGCAAAGUCGUGAACAAGAACCUGAAUCCCAUCUGGAACGAAUCAUUUUCCUUUCCCAUCAGAGACCUCGAUCAGACUCUUCAUCUUAAGGUAUAUGAUCGUGACCUCAGAUCCAAUGACUUCAUGGGCUCAAGCAGCUUUCCUCUCUAUAAACUGGAUUUGGACAGAAUAAUUCCAAUGACACUACCUUUGGAGGACCCCAACAGUGAGGAGAGCGAUAUGGGAGUGAUCAUUCUAGAGGCCUGUCUGUCCAUCCGAGAGGAACCUGCCAAACGAAAUAAGUGGCUACUAAGAAGAAAGGGAAGCUUUAAUAAGGGACAGCCGAUAAGCCCAGCGCAGGUUAUGCGGCUCAUGUGUGGACAGAGGAAUCAGGUUUGGACUGGAAUUUAUACUGUCAUCCUGGUGGAAGGCCAAAACAUGCCCGACUGUGGUCAGGGAGACGUCUACGUACGCUUCAGAGUGGGUGAACAGAGGGUCCGGAGCAAGAAUCUGUGUAUUAAGGCAAACCCGCAGUGGAGAGAGUCCUUCGAAUUUAACCAGUUCCAGGAUGUUCAGGAAAAUCUGGCAGUGGAGGUUUGUUGCAAGAGGGGCAGGAAGUCAGAGGAGUGCUGGGGAGUGUUAGAUAUUGACCUGACCAGACUUCCUGUCAAUCAGAGGCAGUUAUAUACUCAUGAGCUAGACCCAAACAAGGGCCGACUGGUAUUUUUGGUCACACUGACUCCGUGUUCUGGUGCGUCCAUCUCAGACAUUCAGUCAGCUCCAUUAGAUAACCCUACAACCUUUGAGGAGAUGCAGGAGAAAUAUGGACUGAUGAAAUGUCUGUGGGACUUGAAGGAUGUUGGCUAUCUUCAAAUCAAGUUAAUAAAAGCCACAGAUCUUCCAUCAACCGAUUUAAGUGGUAAAAGUGACCCUUUUUGUACCCUUGAGCUUGGUAAUAGCAAACUGCAAACUCACACCAUAUCCAAAACGCUGAAUCCUGAAUGGAGAACAGCCCUAACAUUUCCCAUUAAGGACAUCCAUGAUGUUCUGGUGCUCACAGUCUAUCAUGAUGAUGGGGACAAAGCUCCAGACGUCCUGGGAAAAGUUGCCAUUCCAUUGUUGACUGUUUCUAAUGGCCAACAAAUAACCAGAACGCUGAAGAAUAAUAAUCUUUCAAGGACGACCAAAGGAAGCAUCACACUGGAGCUGAAUGUUCUCUACAACCCUAUCAGAGCAGGUGUGAAAACCUUCCAGCCGAAGGAAACAAAGUUUGCAGUGGACAACCCAAAGUUUAACAAAAAGCUUUUAGCACGUAAUAUCUAUCGAGUGAGGAAGAUCAGCAUGGCCAUUCUUUAUACGCUGCAGUAUAUUAAAAGCUGCUUCAACUGGGAGAACACGCGAAGGAGUAUUACAGCCUUCCUGAUAUUUGUGGUGGCAGUGUGGCUUUGGGAGCUGUUCAUUUUGCCUCUCUUCCUCCUUCUGCUCAUUGGCUGGAACUACUUCCACAUCACACCAGGCAUGGCCAGCUACAGUCAGGACUUGGAGAACAUGUCCGUGGCCGAAGACGAGGACGAGGAUGAAAAGAAAACAAGAGGAUGGAAGAGCAAACAACCCACUGGAUGUGUGUCCCGUAUGACCAGGAGGCCCUGUUCGCUUGGCCCUGGGCACAAGGUCACCUAAGAGUACCACGCUUUGGAUAGACAGACAGAGAGCUGACCCCCUUCUUCCGCCGCACCCCAGGGUACCAUCGGUGGUCUCCUAACCCACAAGCCCUCUCCCACCUCACAUCUAACAUAUCACCUUCAGCACAUACCACAAGGACAGAGUGUUGAUGUCAUAAUCAUUGUGCAUUCUAGAGUGCACAAUCCUGUGACAUAUCCAUUUGGGAGCGGGUGUUUUGUGCUUGUUUGUACUCUGGUUGUCAGCUUUAACAAACCCAUUUGCAACACAUUUAGCCAAUAACACAGGUGUUUUAUUUAGGUGCGUUCCUCUGGUUAUUUCAUUGUGGAAUAAGUGAGUUCGCAAAUAUUUGCACCAGCUUUGAAUGAAUAUUCAAAUUUGACGCCAUUUACUCAAUUAAAGGAAUGUUAAAUGAACCCUGCCUUGCGGUAUUUUGAUUGUGCCGAGCAUCCCUGUGAAACUGCAUUUUCUGUUCGCCUAUGUGCAAUCUGUUCCCUAUUAAGCCAACAUAAAAGUUAUUUGACAAUUUCAUUUGAAUUGAGAAUAUGAUCUGACACAGGUUUCCUAAUCAGUAGACGUGUAGCUUGGAUAGUUUAUUUCUCCUAAAAAAAAAAAAAAAAUGAGUUUCCACCACAGAGGCGGAAAAAAGGAUGUUUGACUUCAAGGGGGUUCAGGGAGACCCUGACCCUAACCCUAUCGUACCCUAAACCCUAACCUAACCCUAACCCAGUAGUCCAGAGAACUUGUAUAUUGUGCCUCUAUGAAUGCUUUCAGUGUUAUCUUUUGGUCUCCAUUAAUAUGAAUAUUUGAUGUUUGUCAUUUUAAAAACUUGCAGCCAUACCAAAGCAAACUGUGACAAACGUUACAUAACAUGUACAGUAGUGACCCCAAAAUAUUUUGGACACUUAAAUCGCACUUAAAAAUAUUUUUAGAUAAUAUAUUAAAGCAAAGCCAACAAACAAACAAAAAGGCUUAUGGAACUGAUGUCACUUUUCUAAAC